AUGUGUAUAAAUCACACAGAACGUCUGGCGACAAAUGACCAAGGGGGUAAAAGAGUCUUGAAGAAAAGGACCUUGAAGAAAGGGGUCUUGAAGCAUGCUAGACCACUUUGCUUUCUCCUUAUUACCUCCGACCCAGCGUACAAUCACUUGCGACAGCUUUGCAUAAGACUAGCGACCUUUAAGAAAUAUAUCGGCAAGGUUAUUUCGCUACCAGAUUCGCCUGCAGUUACCGCUGCUGCUAAUUCAGAAGAUUCAGAACGACAUAGCGGGACAAUACCUGAUCCCCAUGACCUAUUGCAACGUGCACGGAAAGAACUGCGACAGGUAGCAGCAAUAGUACAAGAUGGUAGUCUUAUAGCCGAAAUUGCAUCUGCAUCCACGCAAGGGAAUAGAGUAUUUCUAUACACACUAAAGGAGAUUGCGCAGAGCACCUUUUACUUUUUUCUGUGGUAUAUUUUGUAG